AUGACUAAAGAAAGUGUAUGUGUGAUUGGCUCCGGUAACUGGGGUUCAGCGGUAGGAAAGAUUGUUGCAGAAAAUGUAUUGAAGCACUCAGAUAUCUUUGAACGAGAAGUACGACAAUGGGUUUUUGAAGAAGACUUCAAGGGAGAAAAGUUAACGGAUGUGAUUAAUCGUGAGCGCGAAAAUCCCAAGUAUUUACCGGGUAUCAAGUUUACAGAUAAUAUCAAGGCUGUCCCCAACCUGGUUGAAGCCAGUCGUGGUGCUUCCGUCUUGAUCUUUGUAUUACCCCAUCAAUUUGUACGUGGUGUCUGUAACGAGAUGAAGAACCAUAUUGCUCCUCAUGCCAAAGCCAUCUCCCUCAUCAAGGGUCUCGAAAUUAAACCUGAAGGUGUCACUUUAUUCUCAGAGGAAAUAUCUCGUCAGUUGGGUAUUAACGUAGCUGCUCUCAGUGGUGCUAAUAUUGCUGAUGAAGUGGCUUUAGAACGAUUCUGUGAAACAACCAUUGGAAGUCGAUCUGCUGAGGAUGGUGAAUUGUUCUUUAAAUUAUUCAAUACCAGUUAUUUCCAUGUCAAUGUCAUUCGUGACUAUGUGGGUGUUGAACUCUGUGGUGCCUUGAAAAACGUGGUUGCUGUGGGUGCUGGUAUCUCUGAUGGUUUAGGUUACGGAAGUAAUACAAAGGCAGCGAUUAUCCGAUUAGGAUUAAUGGAGAUGCGCAAGUUUGGACAGACAUUUUUCGGUACAGUGGAAGACACAACGUUUUUUGAAUCGUGUGGUGUUGCUGAUUUAAUUACCACAUGUUCUGGUGGACGUAACCGUAAAGUAGCAGAGGCUUUUGCUAUCACGGGUAAACCAAUUGAUGUCUUGGAAAAGGAAUUAUUAAAUGGUCAAAAGUUACAAGGUACUUUAACUGCUGAAGAAGUACAUCAAUUCCUUUCUGCUCGUCAAAUGACUCAGGAAUUCCCCUUGUUUAAUACAGUCUAUCGUAUUAUUUAUGAAAAUGCUCCUUUAGAAUCCAUUGUUCGUGAUAUUUAA